GUUAACGAGCUCAUGAAUAGAGUUCUCCUUUUGACUACAGAAGUUUUUAGAAAACAACUGGAUCCUUUUCCUCACAGACCAGUUCAGUCACAUGGUUUAGAUUGCACUGAUAUUAAGGAUACCAUUGGUUCUGUCACCAAAACACCGAGCGGUUUAUACAUAAUUCACCCAGAAGGAUCUAGCUACCCAUUUGAGGUAAUGUGUGACAUGGAUUACAGAGGAGGUGGAUGGACUGUGAUACAGAAAAGGAUUGAUGGGAUAAUUGAUUUCCAAAGGUUGUGGUGUGAUUAUCUGGAUGGAUUUGGAGACCUUUUAGGUUAA